GGAAAUUGUUCCGAGUCUAUCCUAAACAUCGAAACAUCAGACAACCUUUCAUGACUUGUCUGGUCUGAACUGCGUCUAUUGGAACUGGUAAAGAGCUCUUAACACGCUCUCCGAACCUGCUCUCAUCCUCCUUACAGACAUCAUCUUCUCUCUAGCUCUCUCCUCCUUCCCAUCUCUUCCCGGUUUGCAGAAUCGCCAGGACGAAACAAGCCCCUCCCUCCCUCCCCAACCUUCACAGCACCAUAUCUCCCGACCACCACAUCUCCAAACAUGACUCCUACAGCUAUCAUUGCCCCGUCGAUACUGAGCGCCGACUUUGCGGCGUUGGGGCAAGCAUGCUCAAAAACAAUUGGUGAGGGGGCAGACUGGCUACAUGUCGAUAUUGUACGUUUCCGUCCAGUCCCGCCGUGAAGCCAAUCCACCUAUCAAUCCAUAUCCCAAGACUAUCAAAUCCUCACAAAGAAAAGAUCGUUAGGCUGACAAGCUCUGAGAAAUAGAUGGACGGUCACUUCGUACCCAAUAUCACCUUUGGCGCCCCUGUUGUCUCCAAGAUCCGGUCACACGUCGAACGGCCCAAGACAGCCAAUGGCAAAGGCACCUUUGAUUGCCAUAUGAUGAUUUCAGAGCCACACCGAUGGGCCAGCACAUUUCGAGAUGCCGGCUGCGACCUGUACUGUUUCCACUACGAAGCCGCCGUGUCGUCGGUUGCAGCCACUCAACCUGAAGACAAAGAUACACAACGGCCUACCUCGCCAAAAGAGCUCAUCAAAUACAUCCAUUCUCUCGGCAUGCAGGCUGGUAUUGCCAUCAAACCUGACACCAGUGUUGAUGUACUGUGGGACAUUCUAGAGAAUGAUAACAAAGACGAACUUCCUGAUAUGGUCCUUGUCAUGACAGUGUACCCCGGCUUUGGCGGGCAGAAGUUUAUGGCCAGCGAAUUACCCAAAGUGACGGCGCUACGACAGAAAUACCCAGACCUCAACAUCGAGGUCGACGGCGGCCUGGGCGAGGGCACCAUCGACCAAGCUGCGGAUGCUGGAGCCAAUGUCAUCGUUGCUGGAAGUGCUGUCUUUGGCGCCAAGGAUCCUGCCCAAGUGAUCAGUAUCUUGAGAGAAGCAGUUGAGAAGAGAAGAUCAGCAACCGAGGGAAAAUUAUGAUGAUCGAGUGUGAGAUGACCUGGUGUCGUGUAUACCCCCGAAAGAUGAGAAAUAUAGAGACAUACCCAAGACAAAUUGGGACCAUGAACAGACUAGGAAUUGAGAUGAGCAGGAUAGGCAAAGAAUGAUCCAUAGCCAAUUCAAUAACCAUCCUUUCCCGUGACUA